GUACGCGAUAGACACUUGCAACUAACUCGAUAGACGAUACACACAUUAUCAUUGCGUGUUUUGCGAUAAGAACUCUAUCGUUUCCAAAGCAAUCAACCUUCAGAGGAAACGUGCAAACGCAUUAACGAUCGCAGAAAAGAUUUCUGCUAGAUACAUCGCAUUCAAAGAGUGUGAACGUGGUGAAAGAUUUGUCAACGUUUGAAAAACGUGGCUGUUUUAUCCCGCGUACACUGUGAAGUGUUUUAUCAAAGUAUCAGCAAACUGAUCGACAGGGAAAGGAGAAGUCUGAGCGUUGAUUUCGAAUCAGAGAUGGAAGAAACGACGAGACUAACCGAUCCCGAGACAGAUCGUCGCCGAGAUAAUCAAAAGAACGAGAUGAAACGAAAGAUCGGUCCCAUCAGGGGGGCGGGGCCCUCGAAGCAAGAGUUCGGGGACGACGAGUCCAGCACCGACAGCGGUUGCAGCAGUGGCGGAAGUUCCGGAAGCGCGGAGAGACUGUCGCGUCGCGGAAGUAGCGAGCGAUUAUGCCGUGCCACAAGAUCCCCCCGAACGCACUGUUAUCUGAACCGACUGCGAUGUCGGUCGACCCGCUCGCAAGACCGGAUAUCCGGUAUUCAAAGAAGUUCCGAACGAGUACGAGCCAAGUCGUCACGUUCGUGGAGCCCUGGAGAUGUGAGAGCAGUCGCGAGAACAUCCGAAUCGCUAUCUUACUCUCCCAGCCCUUCGGACGCUCAAAGCAGCACCGAUAGCGAUUCGUCGAAACGAUCAUCCACCGCGGACACACUUCGAAGAGCCUUCCAAACGCUCAAAUUAUCCUCAAAAUGGGAGGGCAAGGAGCACAAACACGCGAAGAAGAGCCCUAAGAGAAUUCUACGCAGUCCGGUCUCUUACACCUACGUCAGAGGACUGUCGGGACUGCCGACCCAGAGGGUGCCAAGGAACGUCGCCCAACAACUGACGAUGCCGUGUUCCUGUCAAGACUCCGUCGCUCUCUACCGAUAAGAUGCCCGCCCGAUCAACCGGUUCCGAUCGAUUCUAUUAUUCGAUUCCAUCCCUAUCCACUUCGUGUUUCGUUGCGCGUUCACUUGAACCGUCGAUCGCGCAAACAAAACCAUCCGAUCUUGGACCAUUUUUACCAGCGAUAUUUCCCUCUUCGAACGAUCCACUUGAUCGCAAACACUCUCGCGUCACCCCGCGCGUACCUUCGUGUACGAAUACGCGGACGUUUCUUCGGCGCCGACUUUUUUAAGCCUCGACCAAACGAGUGGAUCAUAAUUGUAUACGAGACGAGUCGUAGAACAAAGAGAAUCGUUACUUCCAAUACGUAGCGAACGUUUUACGAGACGCGUCUUUCUCGUCUUCCUCGGUAUUCCUGAGGAACGAUGAUAUAGAAUACGACGCGAUCCUUCCACGCACCCUCUCGAGUCAAUGGAGAGAAGAGAAAUUCGGGUGCGUCGAUGUACCGCGUUUUUAAGUUUUUCGUCUGUUAUUCGUAAACGAGAUAGAUUACUUAGAAAGAACGUAGAUAUGCAAACUUGUAUGUACUUUUUGUAGGAACGGUUAGUACACCGGAUAACAUGUACACUAGACUUUAUUACUAGUUGAACGAUUCGCUGAUCCAUGUUGAUCGCGAGUAAAAAAAGAAAAAAAUCUUAAUGGAAGAAAGAUGAGAGAGAGAGAGAGAGAGAGAGAGAGAGAGGAGUUAAAUACGUAAUACCGAUACGACCAGUCGACUUACACGAAUUCUAUCGAACUAUCGUUUCGCGAGAAGGUAAUAUUACUCGCGAUACACGAGUCAAUUACAUAUGUGAAUGCGUCGAGAUCGCACCGAAUAAUAUAUGAAGAGCAUCGAGUAUGUAAAUGCAGGAAUGAAGAAAACGAAAAAAAAAGAUAUAUAGAAUUAUAGAAGUAAACGCUCGCGAUCUCGCGCGAUCUUUUUCGCUGACCGUCCCCGCUUUAAGGUACGGUCGUGCACGUUUCGAAUAGAUCCUAGAAACACUUGUUCGUUAAGGGUACUUUUUAAACAUAUCAAGGUGUUUUUUUUUUCGUUCGACUCAACCUGUCGAUCGAGACAAGGAAAACGACGAACGAGUUUUCGAACUUUUUGUCGCUUGUUUCGUUAGAGUGGUCCAGUCGGUAGUCAAAAUAUAUUUUCGGCGAUGAAAAUUAAACGACUCGUUUCGAAUUCUCUGAUAAGUAAAUGAUGGAAAAAUCAGGGUAAAUCGAUCGAUUACGACGAAACGAGUCGACGAUGAAAAUUUCUCUCUUAAAUACUAUCGAAAAUUCUCGUUUACGUAAAGGCGAACGUAAUCGUGAAACGUAUACGCGAUCUUUCAGUGCCUUGUAAAUACGAAACCGCGUGAAUCCACGAUAUGUCGCGGAACGAUUGGCACACGAUCUUCGCAUACUUGUACGAUAUAUUGUAAAAUAUCCAUGAAAACGCCUAAUAAGUAUCUCUCGACGAAUUUCUAUUCGCUAAAGCGCAAUAGUUCUCGCGUGCGAAAACGGGAGAACGCGAGAACGCGAGAAUGAAAGAGAAUGCGAAUUAAAGCAUAUUCUCAGGACUGAAUGUUUUAUAUUAAGUGCUACCUAUGUCGAUACUACUCGUAGUUUACGUAUCAAAUAAACGUUUUUCAUUCUAACAAUUGUGUAAUCAUUAGAAAAACAUUUUAAUUCCUCAGCUCCAAUUUCAUUCCUCGAACCGAUAAGAUAAAAAGCUAAAAAUAAAUGAGAAAUGUUUCUGGAAACGGUGACGAGCUACUUUGCGCGAAAAUAUGGAUAGAUAGAAGGGAAAUUCAGGGAAAUCGGUCCGGGAUGGAUUCGUAUGCAACGUGCCUUUACCGGAACACGAUCCAUGGACACAAUCGUGGAAACGUGGAAGGACGUCCCUGUUCCGUUUAUAACUACGGCCAUGACAGAAUC